CCGUAUUUAAAAAUCUCUAAUCUCAUCUCAUCUGCUCUAUUUAUUUCAGGUUACCGUGGCAACAUUUCGUGCAAAACAGUUUUGCAGCUGGACAAAUUCGCGCCGUAUGAGGCRAGYGAAAAGGAUUUGAUUGAGCGUCGCUUUCAGGACAUCACGAAUGACUAUGACAAGUCGCCGCCGCCCACAGCAUCCACGACGCCCACGCACUAUCCCACGCUGAACAGCAUCAUCUUCGAGAACGGCAGCAGCAGCCUGGGCGAUCUCAAUGGGAACACCAAGUCGGAUGGCCUCUGCGGCGGCCUGCAGCGCGGAUCCGCAGGCUUGGGCGGCGGCGGUGGCGGUGGUGGUGGCGGCCUAGGUGGUGCAUCGAGUGGCGGACAUCUCAUCUCGAAUCUGACUGCGGCGCAUAAUAUGUCCGCCGUUGGCAGCUUUCCCAUUGAUGCCAAGAUGCUGCAGUUCUCCACAGAUCAGAUUCAGUGCAUGUGUGAGGCACUGCAGCAGAAGGGCGACAUCGAGAAGCUGACAAACUUCCUUUGCAGCCUGCCACCCAGCGAGUUCUUCAAGACGAACGAGAGCGUGCUGCGGGCACGCGCCAUGGUGGCCUACAAUCUGGGCCAGUUCCACGAGCUGUACAGCCUGCUGGAGACGCACUGCUUCUCGAUCAAGUACCAUGUGGACCUCCAGAACCUGUGGUUCAAGGCGCACUACAAGGAGGCGGAAAAGGUGCGCGGCCGUCCGCUCGGCGCCGUGGACAAAUAUCGAUUGCGCAAAAAGUAUCCGCUGCCAAAGACCAUCUGGGAUGGUGAGGAGACAGUCUAUUGCUUCAAGGAGAAGUCACGCAACGCCCUCAAGGAUUGCUAUCUAACGAAUCGCUAUCCCACGCCCGACGAAAAGAAAACGCUGGCCAAGAAAACGGGCCUCACGCUCACCCAAGUCUCCAAUUGGUUCAAGAAUCGCCGGCAAAGGGAUCGCACACCACAGCAAAGAUCUGAUAUAAUGCUGCCUGUGGGUCAAUUGGAUGCGAACGGUUUCCCGCGCAUGUUC